GCGGGUGCUCGGCCGAGCUUUUGCUGCGCUGCGCUGGAGGAGGCGGCUGUGGCUCGGCAGGCGAUCGCGGCUGCGAGCGGCGUCUCUUCCCGGCCAUGUCCGCCGCCUGUUGUCGCCCCCAGCCCGCUCCGGAGCCCACGCUGGGCAGGGAUAUCCCCGUCCCGAACAAGCUGCUGGCCUUGGCCGAAGGAGUCGCCUUGCCUCCGGGCGACUACGGCACCACUCCUGGCGGCACUCUCUUCGGAACCACGCCUGGCGGUACCCGCAUUAUUUAUGACCGCAAAUUUUUAAUGGCGUGCCGAAAUUCUCCAGUUGCCAAAACACCACCUUGCAAUCUUCCAGACAUUCCAGGUGUGACAAAUCGAAGUGUGGAUGAGCUCCAGACCGAGGUCAACUUUAUGUCUGCUGACGAUGAGAAACCAGGCUUAGGUGAAGAAGCCCAGUUCGACAUAGAUAUCUGAAAUCUCUGAGGACAGAAGAGUUGUUUUAUUCCUGAUGAAGAUGAGAUAUCAAUAAUGCUUCCCCAAAUGAGAGAGGCUUAUAGAAUAGCCCACGCUAUGCAAAGCUUUUCAGGAGAAAUGGUUCAUCGCAUUAAAAAAUAAUAAUAGUAAAGCUGGGAAAAAAGAGAAUGUUUCUGACUACCUAAAGACUGAAAACUCUGGUGGAUUUUUUCUGGGGUUUAGCUUCCAGGGAAGAAGGAUGCUAAAGUGAGAAGGAAUGUUGUUUUCUGUUUCGGUGCCUCAAAUCCUAGUGCCUUUGUUCCAUAAAUGUCAGGUUGGAGGCAGUGACUGACACAGGGAGACUUAAAUAAUCAUGUCAGAUUAGGCAAUUAAUACAGUAUCAGUUGUCGUUCAUUCGUUUAAUACGGAAGUGGGUGUCCUCUUAUCCCCCCUCAAUUGUUCAGCCUGUAAAUCUUUCCCCUUCUUGAGAGUGAUCGUCUGUGCUCUCUUUUUUGGCCAAAACUUUAUUACAGCAUCAGGCACCCCAACCACAAAGGGAGAAAUGUAGCAGGACCAGGCGGAACCUGGCCACCAAAAAAAAAAAAAAAAAAGAGUCACAUGCUUGCUCAAUUGCUUUGCAUUGCAAUUUUUCCUCUGAUUCCGUAAGAAUUUAAUGGUCUGAUGAAAUCAGCUCACUCAUAUCAGCAGAUUGUUUUGAUUUCACCCUUGAAAGAAACUUCAUUUUCUUUUUUGAUUCUGAAUGUGCCAGAGGAAGCAAAUUCUUCUCUCACGCUCUUUUUUUCAAAACAAAAAAUAAACUUAAGAAAAACAAUGUCUUUGAGGUGGGAAAACGUCACUGUGGGCAAGCAGGCAGCCUUGCAAGUACUUCCCCCCCCCAUUCUUUACAGAGCUACGUGUAGAUCUGUACACAUUCUUUGCUGUACUGAAAACUAAAUAAACUUGUUAAAAUUGG